CAUACAGUGCCUUAGACGUUACCUCCAUCAAACUAUUGGGUUACCCAUUUGUGCCUUUAACAAUGUGCUUCACAUUUUUCAUCCCUCUCAUUACCAGAUUAUUAUGCAUCUUUCCUAACUACCAUAUCCCCUGGCUGCACUUUCUUAAAAUUCUGUUCUCUGUUCAAGUCCCUUUCUAUUUUUAUUUUGGAGCAACUCACCAAUAUAUAUAUGGGUAGUGAUCUUUAUUCAAUCAAUAAUUCUCCAAAGACGAUCUCCAAGAAAAACAAGAAGAAGCCUUUGCCAAUUGCAACAAUGUUCAAGCUUCCUUCCCCGUUGCCUAUUUGGCCACCAGGUGAAGGUUUCGCAAGCGGGACAAUCGAUCUGGGAGGACUAGAAGUGUGUCAAAUAUCAUCUUUCACCAAAAUUUGGGCAACCCACGAAGGCGGUCCGGACAAUCUCGGGGCAACCUUUUUUAACCCGUCGCCAUUGCCCGAAGGAUUCUUCCUGCUUGGUUCCUACGCCCAACCCAACAACACGCCCCUCUUCGGGUGCAUCCUCGCCGGAAAAGACGUACUCACCGGCAACGACCCAUCUUCCGGGACCGUACUAAAGCCGCCAACUGACUAUACUCUUGUCUUUAGUAGUGAGUCAUUGAAAAUUAAACAAGAUGGCAUUGGCUAUAUUUGGCAACCAACACCACCUGAUGGUUAUAAAGCCAUCGGCCACCUUGUCACAAGCUCCCCGCAAAAGCCUUCUCCCGACGAAAUCAGGUGCGUUCGAUUAGAUUUCACCGACAUAUCUGAGAUCGAUACAUGGAUCUGGGGAUUAGAUACGAAGACCGUGCCAAACGGGUUGAAUGUGUAUGGUCUAAGACCAACCACUAGGGGAGUCCAAGCUCUAGGGGUCCUCAGUGGUACGUUUACAGCCCAAAAUGGCAAAAGCGAUUCGACAUCUCUAGCUUGCUUGAAGAAUUCGAAAGCUGAUUUUUCUUCUUCUAUGCCAAAUCUAAGCCAAAUCCAGGCAUUGUUUCAAGCUUACUCUCCAUGGAUUUAUUUUCAUCCCAAUGAACAAUACUUGCCCUCCUCAGUGAGCUGGUUUUUCAAGAAUGGGGCACUGUUGUACGCGAAAGGGGACGAAUCCAAGCCCGUUCGAAUUGAACCCACUGGCUCAAACCUCCCCCAAGGUGGCUCAAACGAUGGUGCCUACUGGUUGGACCUCCCAACAGACAAAGUAGCCAAAGAGAGAGUCAAAAGAGGGGAUUUGCAAGAUGCAGGGGUUUAUUUACACGUGAAACCUAUGCUUGGAGCCUCAUUCACAGAUAUUGUCAUAUGGAUUUUCUAUCCAUUCAAUGGGCCAGCCAGGGCUAAGGUUAAGAUUGUUAAUAUUUCCUUUGAUAAAAUAGGUGAACAUGUUGGUGAUUGGGAACAUGUCACGUUAAGGGUAAGCAAUUUCGACGGAGGGUUGAAAAGUGUUUAUUUCUCGGAGCACAGCAGAGGAGCAUGGGUUAGCGCGUCAGAGCUCGAGUUUCAAGGAGGCAACAAGCCGGUGACAUACGCAUCGUUGCACGGUCACGCCUUCUACCCGAAGGCGGGACUUGUGCUGCAAGGGAGCGAUGGGAUAGGGAUAAGGAACGACACGGCCAAGGGGAAAACGGUCAUGGACACUGGGGCGAGGUCUGUGGUGGUUGCAGCCGAGCACUUGGGAUCCGAGAUCGUCGAGCUGCCAUGGUUGGACUAUGAGAGGGAAUGGGGUCCCAAAAUUGAGUAUAACCUGGAAGAUGAGCUCAAGAAGGUGGAGAAACUGUUGCCAGGAAAUUUGAAAAAAGAGUUGGAAAAGGUUAUUAGAGGUCUCCCUAAGGAAGCCCUGGGUGAGGAAGGGCCUACUGGCCCCAAAGUUAAAGAUAGUUGGAGUGGAGAUGAAAGGACUUGAUUAUGUCCUGUUUGAAUUAGCUUAAUUCCACUAGUUUUACAGUUUUACUUUUUAAUUACUGUUUGUUUAACUAGGGGAAAUUAGUCAAAAAUCUCAGUGAAAAUUUCGCAAGGAAUAUGAACUUCAAAAGAUUACGAUAGAAA